GGCCUGCAAGUGUUUAUUCAAGCAUUCUCACAUAUCUGCCCCUCCCCGGCGAUGGGCGUGAUGUGAACUGUUCCCGCGUCCUGGCCGUUAGCACCAUCGCUGUAGCACGUGUAUGUACCAGUGUACUCCAGAAUCAGUCACCGUCCUAAAGUUGUAUUGGUCAAGUGUCAGCACAUGAACACGUGAGUCUGCUGGACACGUGGCCUCCAGAAGUGCUGACCUCUGACCUUGAUGUGAUUCUGACAGCCCUGAAGCCCCGGAUUGUACUUCUCAGCGUCUGGAUCAACCCCAAAACCCGGCUUCUCCCUUCCUGUAUUGUGAGGAUGUCGACUAGGAGGUUGUCCGGUGUUUGAGACGCUUCAUCCGGUGCCCGUCAAGGACUCUACUAAACAUGUGCGACAUUGACCACGGUGACAUAGUCCUGGAUGACAUGGACAAAGGAGGCGUCCCACAGGAUGACGCAGAGAGGGAGAAAGGAGGGAGUGAUACAACGUCUCCUCCGGACCAGCCUGGACCAGCUCCCCCACUCACGCCUACCUCCCCUGCCCCUCACCCCCGGGGGGACGACAGACACUGCCCCCUCUGUAAGAACAAGGUCCCCCGCUACUCGUCCCGAGGUGGGAGCGUGGAUGUGUGUGAAGACGGUCGGUGUCGUUCCUGUGAACACAUUACGUCAGUGCCGUCGUUGUCGGAUCUGCUCGGACAGGACGUCACAGGCGACGAUUUUCAAGCUGAGGUCGCCCACAAGAGUCAGCUGCUGUUGAUCGGGCGGCAGGAGGCUGAGCUGGAGACCAUCGUAGACUGCCUCAUCAGUAACCAUGGGGACAAGGAGACAGCACUGUUGUACGCCAUCUCACACUUUCCUACUGAAGCUAAGGUGCAGAUCUUCGUGAACACCCUGCUGCACCGCGGCGCCAACCCAUCGACGUGCGACAGCUCCUGGCAGACCCCCCUCCACCACGCCGUCAAGAGGAACUUCAAGGGUGUGUGUAGUAAACUGUUGGAGAACGACGCCCUCCCCCACGUCCGAGACAAGGACAACAACAUGCCCUACCACCUUGCCCUCAUCAACAACAACGACGACAUCGCGGCGAUGUUGCUGUCGGUCAUGCCCCAUACCGUAGUACGGAAUAUGUUUGUCGCUACCGAGGACGCCGGAGCCACUUCCGAGUGCAGCCUACAUGACCUGAUAAACAACAACAUGCAGCAAGCAGCACUAAGCGUCUUGGACGCCAUGAUGGACCAUCUGGGUGACAGUGGUCACGUGAGGGUGUUCUAUCACGUGCUGGAGGUAGAUGCGAAAGGUCGCUCACCCAGUCAUUCCGAGUUUGACUCCCACGACAAGUCUUGCCUCCAUCUGAUCUCACAGCGAGGUUUGAAGUCGCUAGUCUUCCACGACGUUGUCCGUCUCCUCAUACGCCGGAAGUGGAAGAAAUACGCUAGACUCCGAUUCGAACUGAAUUGUUUGCUGUUCUGUGUCGCAUUGCUGUGUUUGACCUUCUCCGUGGCUGUUUCGUCCCUGACCUCUGACCCAUUUAUAUACUCGGACCCCCUGCAGAUCGCCCGGGGGGUGGCGGAAUGCGUGGGGACCGUCCUCGUCCUCACCACCCUGAUCCUGGAGCUGAACCAGAUGAGGAGACACCGAAGAGAUUACUGGAGUGACAAGUUCAACUGGAUCGACCUGUCGUCCUCCUGUCUGCUGCUGAUGGUGAUCCCGCUCCGCUUCACACACAGACAGGAACAGUGGCAAGUGUUCUCCAUGGGCUACCUGCUGUGGACACUCAGGAUGUUCAAGUACGCCGCUGUCUUCAGACGGACGGGAGCGUACGCCCUGAUCCUGUGGAGGAUCAUCAGCAGGGACAUCCUCCAGUUCAUCCUCUUCUUCCUCGUCAUCCUCCUGGCUUUCACCGGGUCCUUCACCUUGGCACUCAAAGGAGAAAACGCCUUGACCGUGCAUAACGAAACCAGCAACUACUGGAACGUCAUGUUUGUCGGCGUGAGGACACUGAUAGAGGCAUACGCUGUAGUGGAGUAUUCGGGAGAGGGAGGCUAUCCGCCGAUGAGCACUUUCAUCAUGGUCAUCUUCCUGUUCUUCUGCUGCGUCGUCCUCCUCAGCAUCCUCGUCGCCCAGCUCAGCGACACCUACCAUUACGUGCAGAGAGACGCACAACGGGGGCUGGAGCUCAACAGGGCGUGGAUCAUCACAAGAGUCGAUCUCAACAGUAUAUAUGUGGGAAAGAGCAGCAGGUUCAAGACGUACAUAGAGAUGGAGGAAAUACACAACCCACGUGACAUCCUCAAACGCUGGGACGGCCCGGAGCUCAGUCAGAUGAAUAAGAACAUCCGGGACCUUUGGGAUCACCUGGACUCCAACAGGAUGACCCUGCUAACCAUCCAGUCCAGACUGGCCAGGCAGGAGAACAGCCUCGUGCUCAUUCAAGAGUAUCUGGAGCACCUGGUAAAUGCAGAGUCACGUGACAAGCUGGAGGCUGGACGGAAGGGCGCGAUGAGGUGACAGCAAAUAGACACGUAGAAUCUACCUGAUGUGUCUGACGUCAGACAUGCAGCACAUCCUGCAUCCACCCAGAGACGUCCUUAUCGUCGUCACCCAUAUCAUCAUCAUCGUUGUUGUCGUCUCGACCAUAGUCGUCAGGAUCACCAUCAUCUUAACCAACACUGUCAUCUUCAUCGUGAUCACCACUGACACCAUUGCUGUGACCAGCGUCGUUACCACUGUCCUCACCUUCAUCAUCACAACUACCGUCUCAAUCACCAUCAUCGUCAUAAUCAUCAUGGUCAUCGCCGUUCUCAUAAUAAUUUUCAGAAACUAUUUCCAUAUCAUACAUUGCGGGGCCUAGUUCGUACACUGAGAAAGCAGUAUAGCGGGGACUAGUUCUUACACUGAGAAAGCGGUAUAGCGGGGACUAGUGCACGUGUGUACGUCGCCGGUUCACUCCCAAAAGACAGACCUCCCAUAAGACAGACUAAAUGAAUACACUAAUUAGCUGAGCCAUGCUGUCCACCCCUAUUUAAUUAAUGAGCUGACCCUGAGUCACCGCAGAGUAUAGUAACAACAACUCCUACCUCCUGUGCCCUUCUCAAAACAUAUCACUAAUCCUUUUACUGACCCAUCGCUACCAGGUUGUAGGAACAAUGAUCAGUACUAAAAUGUAUUUAUUCAACAAGUCAUAACAAUAUUAUCAUCAAUAGCACUACAUACAUUUCUCUGAACCACAUUUAAACCUAACUUAUACAAGUAAUGUUUUUAUUCAACAAGUCAUAACAAUAUUAUCAUCACAAGCACUACAUACAUUUCUCUGAACCACAUUUGAACCUAACUUAUAAAAGUAAUGUAUUUAUUCAAGUAUAAUACAAAUGUAAAUAACUGGAGAAUAUGACGUUUUUAAUAACAGUUGUUGAGUUGGCCUUUGCAAAUAACUGGAGAACAGGAUGUUUUUAUUACUGAAGAUGAACGUGAAACAGUAUUUAUAAAAUUGAGCAUAAACAAAGUAUAUAACUGGAGAACAGGAUGUUUUAUAAUAGUUAAUAGUUUUUUCCUAUGACGUUUCUUCCGAUCACCCUUCUAGAUGGCUACCUGUAUGUCAAGAACAAGGUGAAAGUAGAAAAUGAUGACGUUCAAGUGACUUUCUAAUAAGUGUUAUCUGUGCACUGACAAACAUGUGAUGUAAAAUAACAUGGUGCUUGGUGUCAUAUGUUUGAUAGGUACAUGUACAUAAUUCAUUGUUUUUGAUAAUAUUCACA